AACUUACCUUAGUCUAACAUAUCUCACUGACAAGAUUUACCUCAGCUAUCUCAGCCGUGUUUACUUGUAUCUUGUGUUCGAUCGUCCCCACAUUCUACAGCUGAUGGUUUUAUUUCUUGCUCACCAUGAACUUUGACCUGACGCACACAUCACACAUGUGGCUGAUUGUCCUAACAUCGUUAACAGUAAUGGGCGGCAACUCUCUGGUGGUAGCCUUAGGUUGUGGAAAUUCCCCGGUUAUCUCCCCUUCGUGUGAUUUCUCAACACUGUGUGGCUACAAAAGUUACCAUGAAGGCAACACAAACAUCAACUGGGUCCUGGCUAAUGGGACGGUCAAACCUAUACUGGCCCCGUGGAAAAAUCCAGGGUCUACUGACCAGAGCUGCUACGUGUACCUUGAUCAUAAAACUAACACAUCUGUGGGUACCAAAGGCAUGAUGAGUGCAGAAAUAGCAUCCAAUGUGACGUCAAUCUGUGUAGAGUUCCAUUACGCAACGAACGGCAUGUCCAAACAACAGCUGAAUGUUUACCUGCAGUCUACACCUGGGUAUGGUCCAAGCUACAAAACUGACCCACUCGUCUUUACACUCAACAAUGUUAGCACUGUGUAUGCUUGGAAAAACGCCACGUUUUCUACUUGUCUUAAUGGAUCACGUUAUUUGUCCUUUGAGACCAGCAAAUUUUCAACUAUGGAGACCAUGUCACUAGACGGUAUCAAAGUAACACCAGCUGACCUGACAUGCGCAGACAGUAAAGUGACCACACCACUUCCGGCCCACGUGACUGGUCCUAUACCAUCAACAUCUCGCCAUAUCUCGUCCACUGUCCUGCCGUCGUGUGAGUUUAAAACGUUAUGUAACUACACCAGUUACCAUGACGACCACACUAACAUCAGCUGGGUGCUGGCUAGUGGGUCAAACAAACCACUCUUUUCAGACUGGGACCCUCAUGCUGCUGAACAAACCUCCUACGUGUACCUGGACGUACAACACGGCGCCCCCAUGGGAAGUAAAGCAAUGUUGAGUGCUGAGAUAGGAAGUGACGUCACUGCCAUCAAUGUCCAGUUCCAUUAUGGUAUUUCCGGUAUGGACAAGUGCAGCCUGAAAGUCUAUCUCCAGUCUACACCAGGCUAUGGUCCAGGCUACACAACUGAUGACGUCGUCUUUAGUUUAGACAACAUCAGUGCAGCUUUUACCUGGAAAAACGCCACGUUUUCUACCUGUGUCAAUGGCAGACGUUAUAUAUCCUUUGAGAGUUCAAAAGAAGCCGGGUAUGCUACGAUAUCACUUGAUGGAAUUUACAUUACACCGUCGGACAGAGUGUGUUCUAUACCAACAACAGCAACCACCAUCACACCGACUAUUACCAACACUGCAACAAACACCACAAUACCAACAACUACCACAACCCCAACAACAACUACCACAACCCCAACAACAACUACCACAACACCAACAACUACCCCCAGCACAUCCACAUUAACUUUCACAACACUAACAACUACCACAACGCCAACAACUACUACAACGCCAACGCCAACAACUACAUUAACACCAACUACCACAACACCAACAACUACCACAACCACAACAACAACUACCACAACACCAACAACUACCCCCAGCACACCCACAUUAACUACCACAACACUAACAACUACCACAACGCCAACAACUACUACAACGCCAACGCCAACAACUACAUUAACACCAGCAACUACCACAACACCAACAACUACCACACCCACAACUACCAAAACACCACCAACAACAACCUCCUUGCCAACAACCACUACACCAACAGCUUCAACCUCGCCAACUUACAAACCAACUAAAACACCAACAACAACAAAUCCAUUAUACGCAUUACUUUUUCCACAGAAGCCACUAACAAACACGACCACAUCAACUUCUACCACAACUUCUGUAACAACCAACACCAUGACCACAAUUACAACAACCAUCACUACAACCAUCACAAGUGACGAUAUAAAAACAACUAAUGCCACAACUGUAACCACUACCUGGACCAUCGUCACAACAACCAACAACAUCUAAUUGUUUACCCCUCAGACACUUCUUUCAUUAAUAAAAUAAAUAUGAGACACGUGGAAAUUUAAUAAGCCUAUCUUCUUUUUCAUUCGAUCUCAUUCAAUUCUCUUUUUGUUUAAUCAUUAACACACAUCAACUUACGAGAUAAAUUGCCAGUUGCGGAAGGAUACAACGGGCGCUAGGUUGACAGUGAUGUAUCUUUUCUCUAAACCAAAACCAAAAAGUUUCAAAUUUAAAGCGAAACGAAAAAUGUAAUUUAAAACGGAUUUUAAUCCAGAAUCGGCAUUUAAAUCGGAUUUAAGCUUGAUCUGCACGUAGUUACUUCACAUUGAUACUAAAUCUAGUCGUUGACAUACCCCUAAACCUUGCACCUAAUCUUAAACAUGACAAAGGUUGCAUUUAGAGUUUCUUUCAGGCGACUCUACUUGGGGAAGGGGGCUCCGCCCCAACCCUCCUUCACACACAUUUAUAUAGAAAAAAUAUUUUUACCAGUGUCGCACCCUCCUCCCUGCCAGAAAAUUUAGUCCACCCCAUACCCCCGAAAAUUUCAAGCACCCCCUCCUCCGGGGAGGAAAAUUCUGAAAGAAGCAAUUAUCUAAUUUGUAGAUUAUACAAACUAAAGGUAGAGCCUACUUCUAUAAUAUAGACUCGUUUCCUACUUUUGGCCGAUAAACCUCACUCUCGCAGACAGUGUCUCUUUCGGACAUUUUCCCGGGGGCGGGGCACUUGAAUUUUUCCAGGGGCGAAAACAAUUGUCCGGGGCGUGGGAAGCCGAC